AUGCCACCCAAGCAAGUCAUCGACUACAGUGCUGCGUCGUUGGUCGACUUAAAAGCACAAUUAGCCCAACAAACGGAGCAAUUUGAACGGGUACGAUCAGGAGCCAAACAUGGCCCUGCAGCGAAUCGACGCAGCGACAAGAAACCUGCAGUAUGGGCACGACAGAACAAAGGUGUCAACUCUCGAGCAGAGCGCGAUCAAGUCCAGCGUCUCGAAGAAGUUGAUAGCCAGUCAUACGCACGAAGCCGAGAAGCACUUGAACGAAAAGCUAAAAUAUAUGAAGAAAUGCGGACACGGGCUCGAAGGGACGAUGAAAGCGAAGACGAAGAAGCCUUGAUCGAUUUUGAUCGCAAGUUCUGGGAAGAGUAUAAUAAACGUAGUCGAAAAUCAACGGAUAGCGACGACGAUCGUAGUAAAGAUAGCAACAACGACGACGACGACGACGACGAUCCUUGGGUUGAAUACGAAGAUGAUUUUGGCCGUACACGUACUGUUCGACGAAGCCAAGUACCCGCACGUUCCCCAUCGCCAUCUCCUUCACGAUCACCUUCGCGGUCACCUUCACCACCGCCAAUGCCUCGUGAACAUGUUGGAUAUGCUGAUCGAGCCAGCAUUCGCCAUUACGACGCUAAACAAGAAAAUCGAACACGAGGUGUUGGAUUCUAUCAAUUUGCGACGGACGAUGAACAACGUACAGAGCAAAUGGAACGGCUGAAACAGAUGCGGGAAGAGACCGAAGCGGCACGAAGAAACAAACAAACUGUUGCAGAGCGACGAAAGGCUGCGAUACAAAAGAAUGCAGACAAGGUGCGUGAGCGCCGGCAAGCAAUGAUGGCUAAACGACGAAAAAAGGAUUCGUCUGAGUCGCCUUCUGCUGCUGCUGCUGCUGCUGCUGCUGCUACUACCACCACAGAAAGAGGACAACAAGACCAAUUAAACGUGAAUGAAGACAGCAUUUCCAGAUUCAUCAAAUCAGUUCGAGAUACCAUGCAAUAG